AUGCAGAGCAAGGAACGACGGCCAAAAGGCCGCAUCUUGUGCAUAGUCCACAGUCACGCUCAUGAUGGCGACAUCCCCGGAACGGUGGAUCUGAGUGCGGUUGAGGGCGAUGACACGGCGUACGGCCAGGCGCUGUACCCUGUACCGGCCGAGGAUCCCAACGACCCUCUUCAAUGGCCCAUCUGGAAGAAAAAUACCAUCCUCCUUAUUGUGGCAUUUUACUCUUUUCUUGGGAACAGUUCCUUGACCGGACCGGCCGUCUACAUUAGCUUAUACAGCAAAGAAUUCGAGAUCUCGCCGGCUCAAGCGUCUGGACUGAUCUCUUAUCCAAAUUUGGCAUUUGGAUUUGGGUCGCUUCUCCUUGUACCCCUUUACUUGAAGAUCGGACGACGCCCGGUGGCGCUUUUGUCUAUGUCUGUGUUUGUGGCCGGCUUGAUCGGUGCCUCGAGGGCUACGAGCUACACCGGCCUCAUGGUUGCCCGUGUCUUUCACGGAUUCAGCAGCGGCGUCUGCGAGAGUCUACCUGUGCAGCUUGUCAACGACAUAUUCUUCAUCCACGAGCGCGGAAAGAAGUUGGGCUACUAUACUUUGUGUCUGUGUUUGGGAUCGACAGGCCCUUUAUACGCUGGUUACAUGCUUGCAGGAGGUUACUCGUGGCGACUCUUCUUCUACGUCGAAGCAGCCUUUGCUGCCGGUCUUCUACUAGCGGCUUUUUUCUUCGUCGAGGAAUCGACCUAUCACCGCUCCGGGCAAUCGUCGCUUACGCAUUCAUCGUCACAUUCACUCAAAGCUGAUCGGUCUGAGAAAAAUGAAAAAGAGGCGAUAGAGCUUGAAAAUGUCUCGUCUAUAUCGGUACCUCGAAGAAAGAGUUUCUUGUCUACUCUUAAGCCUUGGAGCGCCAUUGACCCCGAGCCUGAUUUCUUCAUGACUAUCGCUCGGUCAUUCACGUAUUUCUUGGUUCCUGCUGUAUUGUGGGUGAUUACUACCUACGGACUGUAUAUUGGCCUCGGUGCCCUCGCAUUUAAUUACACAUUCCCGAUAAAAAUCACCGCACCACCCUAUAACUGGAGUGAGACAAAUUCCGGUCUCAUAGCAGUCGCCUCCUUCAUCGGCUACCUCCUCGCCCUCCCAUUCACGUCAACCUCCGACCGCUUAGCCGCCUACCGCACAAAACGCAACCAUGGGAUUCGCGAAGCCGAAAUGCGUCUUCCAGCCCUCUUUCCCGCACUUCUCCUCGCCCCGCCGGACUGGUAG